AUUGAUAAGACUUUUGUUAUCGUAUUUUAUUGUUCUUGCUACUGUCAGUACACCUGUCUUCCUACUAUCAAUUCGUAUUUUUACCUAUUAUGUGUGUUGACUUAUUCUAUUUCAUUGUGAUUAUUGACUCAUAUUGCCUUGAUUGGCUUAACAUUUUCGUAUAAAUAUUCAUGUAUAUUAGAGUAAAGCCUGAUGACGAUCUAAUUUAAAACAAUGUCCGCUUAUAUGUGUUGUCCUAAUUUUCACAAUGGGAAUCUUUAAAAAACCAAUUUAUCCUUCCAUGCAAAACCGCAUAUUACCUUUGAGAACCUUGAAUGUCAUAAUGAAAACACCUUCCUUGACUUACCAUUCACAUACUCCUGUAGCGGUAAAUAAAUCCCCAAAAUAAAUAGCACUAAGUUUUCGACAUUGGAUGCUGACCAUAUGUUUUAGUGGACUCACCUAGCUGAAGGCGCUCGGUCAGGCAUCCGCACCAGAUCACGUGUGGUAACGCCGUGCUCAACAUCAACCGCAAUCGCUAGCCAGAUUAGAUCAGAGAGUUCCGGUAUAUUGGUCAUCGCCAAAUAUACUCUUCCGAUCUCCUCGACUCUGUCUUUUGAUUUCUCUUGGUGGGAACGAAAUAUAUUAGAAGGUGUUACUGGUAGAAGCGUUGUCAAACACUGAAUACCUGUGACAUCAUCAUUGGUGAGACCGACGUGAUCUGGUACACCUAAUUGUAACUGUGAGUCUGUUCCGUUUUGGGAUUUUUUAUAUAUCAUUGCCUUAUUUUUUAUUUUUUUUUGAACAUUGUGAUUUUUUUUCGUGUUUUUUCUUGGAUAUAUGUAUUUUUUCCCCUCGUUCAUUAUCGUACUUCAUACUUCAUCACGACUGAACAGACACCUAAAGUACUCAAGCUUAAGACUUUGUCCCCACCUUCGUUUCAACUGAUGCCUUUCUGGCCCGACAACAUCGAAGCCUGGUUUUGCUACGCAGAAGCCGACUUCUCCGAGCACGGCGUGAUCGACACACGUGCACAAUUCCUCGCAGUAGUCAAGGCACUACCGCGCGAAUUCAACAGGUACGUAACACCUAGUAUGUUUACUAGUGAUGUUUCCGAUCCUUACGAAAUCUUAAAACGCUCGAUUCUUAAACGAGGAGAUCUAACCGAUCGACAAAGGUUAGAUCAACUCUUCAAUAACAUCGACCUGCAACACGGUUCUGCGACAGACAUGUUGCAACGGAUGAGAGAGGUUAUAGGCCUAAGAACUUUCGACGAAGGUCUAUUCGAACAACUCUUCUUGUCAAAACUUCCCCAACAGGUGCAAGCAGUUCUGGUCUCGUUCCAGAACAACGGCUUAGACGAGCUAGCUGCAUCUGCCGACCGCAUUCUAGAAAUUACGAAGUCUUCUACUACCGAGGUAUUUUCAGUCAAAGAAAAGCCUCACACGACUCAGAAUGAUAUAACCGACUUAUGUCACACACUCACGCGUUAUCUUAGUCUUCGUACCGACCGUAAGAGAUCACGCACACCACGUAGAAGCAUUUCUCGUAAGCGAUCUGUCUCUAGACCACGAGAGACAGAUAACCCCGACUGGUGCUGGUAUCAUAACCAGUAUGGAAAGCUUUCCAGAAAUUGCAGAAAACCCUGCAAUUUUCCCAACACGAAACCGACUGAUUCGAAAAACAAUUCGGGAAACUUCCAGGCCGGCACGCGUUAACGGCAACCGUAGCCGGCGAACAAAGCCGUCUGUUAUUCGUCACAGAUGUGACAACGAGAGUUCGCUACCUCGUCGACACUGGCGCAGAAGUUAGCGUUCUCCCAGCAAAUCCUAACGACCGGCUCCACGAAUCGACCCUAAACUUACAGGCGGCAAACGGAAAACCGAUCGCUACGUAUGGCAAAAGGUACGUUUACCUUAACGUGGGUUUACGCAAACCCAUACACUGGAUUUUCGUUGUUUCAGAUGUUUCUAUACCAAUCAUUGGUAUGGACCUUCUACAACACCACAAUCUGAUCAUCGAUACGCGCAAACGGAGGCUAGUAGACGGGAACACUAAUUUGUCCGUUUGCGUAACUUCUUUUACUGGUUGUAGAGUAUCCCCAGUCACAGUUAAACAUAUGAUAGACCCACUCUAUCAACCACUACUCGAUAAGUAAGUACCCUUGGAUACAACAAACUCAACCGAAACUACCGUGUGUAACCAGCAACGUUACACAUCACAUCACGACUACAGGACCACCUGUAUUCUCCAAAGCACGACGACUAGCUCCUGAAAAGCUAAGGUUAGCGAAAAACGAAUUCGAUCACAUGAUGGACUUAGGAAUCAUACGACCGUCAAGUAGCCCAUAUGCAUCUCCGUUGCACAUGGUCCCUAAAAAGGACAGCAACGAUUGGCGUCCAACUGGUGACUAUCGGCGAUUGAACGCGAAAACCAUUCCCGAUCGUUACCCGUUGCCUCACAUUCACGAUUUGACAGCUACCUUGAAAGGUACAACUGUCUUUUCGAAAAUCGACUUGGUUAAAGCGUAUAACCAAAUCCCUAUGGCUACUGACGACAUACCGAAAACAGCUAUCAUAACUCCUUUCGGACUCUAUGAAUUUUUGCGAAUGCCUUUCGGUCUAAGGAAUGCUGCUCAAACAUUCCAAAGAUUCAUAGACGACGUUUUUCGAGGUCUCAACUUCGUACACGCGUAUGUUGAUGACUGUCUAAUCGCAAGUCCGGACAGAGAAACACAUCUCAAGCAUCUGGAUCUUGUUUUCGAACGACUUCAAAAACAUGGCAUUACUGUAAACGUUCAGAAAUGCCAAUUCGGAACCGACUCGUUAGACUUUCUGGGACACACUAUCGAUGCUCAAGGCAUUCGACCUCUUAGGACCAAAGUGGCGGCCAUUCUGGAUUACCCAGAACCGACCACCGUCAAGCAAUUACGCACGUUCAACGGCCUCGUAAGUUUCUAUAGACGUUUCAUACCCAAAUGCGCAUUACUUAUGAAACCUCUGACCGACCAACUUCGUGGAAAUGCGAAAUCCAUUAAUUUGGACGACACCGCGCGAAAAGCAUUCUCCACAGUUAAGGAACUGAUUGCUAAAGCAACAAUGCUCGCACAUCAGGACACCCGAGCACCCAUUAGCAUCGCAGUAGACGCAUCCGACUCAGCAAUCGGAGGAGUCUUACAACAAUGGGUUAACAACUCCUGGCAACCCUUGGCAUUUUUCUCUAGAAGGUUGCUAGACACCGAGUCGAGGUACAGCACAUUCGGUAGGGAACUCCUAGCUAUGUAUUGUGCUGUACGGCAUUUCCAACACUACAUCGAAGGUCGUGAAUUCACUCUUUUCACGGACCAUAAACCGCUCACUUUCUCAUUAAGCUCUCCUUCUGACAAGUACUCUCCCCGUGAGUCUCGACAACUGGACUACAUUUCGCAGUUUACUUCAGAUAUUCAACACAUCUCUGGAGCAAACAAUGUAGUUGCAGACGCUUUAUCUCGUAUAACUUCCUUGAACAGUUUCCAAGGAAUCGACCUUCUUAAACUCGCCGAGCUUCAAAAAGAAGACAGUGAUCUUCAGCACGAGUUAUCGUCCACAACACUUAAACUACGCAUCAAACAGAUGAGAACAGGUAAAGAAACCUUACUUUGUGACACAUCUACAGGUAGGGAUCGCCCAAUCGUGCCGAAACAUUAUCGACGCAAUGUCUUCAACACAUUGCACAAACUUUCGCAUCCAGGUGUUCGUGCAACCAUCAAGCUUAUAGCAGAAAGGUUUUGCUUUCCUGGAAUGAAUAAAGACGUGAGGGAGUGGGCACGCUCCUGUGUAAGCUGCCAAAAAUCUAAGGUUAUCAGACACAAUAAAUGUCCCUUAGGCUCGUUUAAAACUCCCGAUGCUCGUUUCAACCAUGUUCAUUUGGAUUUGGUAGGACCUUUACCAGAUUCAAAUGGAUACUCUUAUCUCUUAGCCUGCGUUGACCGUUUCACUCGAUGGCCAGAAGCAGUACCUAUUAAGGACAUCACUGCUGAAACAGUGGCUCGCGCCUUCGUCGAACGAUGGGUAGCAAACUUCGGUUGCCCUUCAACCAUCACUACAGACCGCAGACGUCAGUUUGAAUCUGAACUUUUCCGUCGUCUGACCACACUUUUAGGAAUCACUCGCUUACGAACGACUGCCUACCAUCCACAAGCAAACGGGUUGGUAGAACGUUUUCACCGACAACUGAAAGCUUCGCUAUCAGCUGCAAACGUUUCACAAUGGACCGACGCUCUUCCACUCGUCUUACUAGGUAUCCGCAAUGCAGUGAAAGCUGACAUUGGAUACACUGCGGCUCAACUCGUUUAUGGAACGACACUUCGACUUCCAGGAGAAUUCGUGGAUCCUUCAUCCUCUUCAAUGAACAUGGAUCUAACCUCCUACACGAACAGGCUUACAAACGCAAUGCGUUCAGUUAAACCUGUUUCCACUCGACCUCAAUCAACUGAUGUUUUCGUUCAACCUGGCUUACGAUAUAGUACACACGUUUUCAUUCGUCGAGACUCGCAUCGACGACCAUUCGAAUCAGCAUACGAAGGACCCUUCAAAGUUCUUCAGCGUGAAUCUAAGUACUAUAUAGUCGAUAAGAACGGAACAAACGAUAGCAUCAGCAUCGGUCGCCUCGAAGCAGCGUAUUUAGAAGGAAACCCUAUUCACGUCGAUUUUCCUUCAGUACAUUCAAACGACACGACUCCGACGCUUAUAAUACCUCAUCCGACAACCAACACACACGAUGAUACUUCGACAGUAUCCGAAAAUAAACUUAAAACGACGCGUUCUGGAAGAAGGGUGAGAUUUCCAGAACAUUUAAACGACUAUUGCACGUAAGGCACUUCUCGACAUUUUAUAUUAUUUUUUAAAAAAAAUUUUAAUAUGCUUAUAUAUUUUUAUUUCUAUUUAAAAAAAACAAAACAAAAAAAACAAUUUUUUUAAUGCUAUUACGUGUUCAUGAGUUUAUUUUCCAUUUUUUUUCCGCCGACAUUGUGUUUUUACGCACAUACGAGUGUAUUUCGACAUGCACUUACAUUUUCUUUUUUCUUUUCCAGGACGGCUGGAAAAGAACGAUGACGUUUAUGAGGAUCCGAAAUUUUCAUUGUACAUUUUCUUUUUUUACUAUGUUGUACCUCCGUCCCAUGUAGUAAGGAAAGACGACCAGACGCUGCUAAAUUUAGCAAGCUAUCAGAAGAGUGUUUACCAACGACAAACUCGUUGGGUUUAAACUUCUGGCUGGCCACGUCUUAGGGUCGUCACUGCCCCACUAGGGGGGGAGUGAUCUGUAGCGGUAAAUAAAUCCCCAAAAUAAAUAGCACUAAGUUUUCGACAUUGGAUGCUGACCAUAUGUUUUAGUGGACUCACCUAGCUGAAGGCGCUCGGUCAGGCAUCCGCACCAGAUCACGUGUGGUAACGCCGUGCUCAACAUCAACCGCAAUCGCUAGCCAGAUUAGAUCAGAGAAUUCCGGUGUAUUGGUCAUCGCCAAAUAUACUCUUCCGAUCUCCUCGACUCUGUCUUUUGAUUUCUCUUGGUGGGAACGAAAUAUAUUAGAAGGUGUUACUGGUAGAAGCGUUGUCAAACACUGAAUACCUGUGACAUCAUCACUCCUUUUGUUUCUCAAUUGUUCUCCAUUUUUCUUCCUGUUCUCCACAGUCUUCUGUUGGUAAGCAUUCCAUUCCGAUAGAAUUUCAAUAAACCAUAUUAAAACACAAACUCAAUUUAAACAGCUUCAAAGUAGAAAAAUUACCUCGGUUGUACAAAAUGUCUCAAAUUGCACAGCCUGAGCUAUACAGUCAAAAGUUUCUUUGGCUCAUGCUUGCGUGCCAAAUCGUAAAAGGGAUGUUAACAAUUAAGACACGAAGAGAAGCUGUCAAUCACACUGUCUGACAUUCUAAUUUAAAACGAUGGUAGUACAAACAUCGGCAUCGAUUGAUAAUACAAUUAUCGUUGUCAUUACACUUGCGGCAAACUUAACGUUUUCAUAUGAGAAACUCAAUCACUUGUCAAAGCUAUCUAUUCCAAUGCGACUUGACAGAACUCUAAAACAUCAUGCUUCUUUCUGCUAUUUCUGCAGUUAAUCUCUUAACAUUUAACUAGUGUCCUAAUAACGUUUUAUUACAGGUUGUUUCUCGAUCAUUUUCAGGUUCCUCCCUUCCAUUUGUCUUGCAACUGGGCAAUAACCGGAGGAUUCAAACUAAUUGGCAGCAUCCGGCGUGCGACUACUCCCAACAUAUUUCGUACCGAUUUAGAAGGCCGUUGAAUCCGAUGAGAAGUAUUGCAAAGUCAGUGAAAUGUCACUGAAUAUCGAACAAAUCAUUGAUCCCUGUCAAUGUCGAAGACGGCCAACGCGCAUAAGCUGAUCGUGUGCUAUGGACCAGAGGUCUUUUCUUUCAUUACUCUCGAUAACAUCAUAAAUCACAGUCAGGAACGAACAUGCGUACAUUUGGUCCCAGGCGGCAACAACACUUGUUAUACAUAAAAAAUAACUUUGGGAGAGUCUAUAAUUUAUGGACGAACCAAUAAGAUUUACGAUAACAAGUUUUGUAUUUUUGAGGCGAAAUUAAAUAGAUUUUUGACAUUAUAGCUGAUACCAGUUCGUGAUGAAGACAUUAUGUAUAAUUCCUAACCUUAACUAUCGACUGUAAAUAUUAAUCCUAAUUCCUCA